CGCCAUCGACUGAGGCCCGAGGAGACUGAUUAUCUGGCCGAAGAGUUCCAGUACAACCCUAAACCAACCCGGCGAAAGAUUCAAGAAAUUGCCUCCGAUCUCGAUGUUAGUGAGCGCACUGUCCAGAUAUGGUUUCAGAACAGAAGAGCAAAGUUGAAACGAACGCAGAAAGAAUCAACGGAAAGA